AUGGCGUCUCGAACCGGCCGUCGCUCAAGGGCGCUCGAAUCCGAAGACGAGGGCUCGAGGGCCAAUACACCUUCAUCAACCGCCCCGAACGACAGCAAGCGGUUACGAAGAACUGUCGGAAUUGACUCUGAAGAUGACUCCGCCACAGAUCACGAUUCCACGCAAACGCCUGUUCCUACGGGCGCAUUACGAGAACCUCAGUUCCCAGGACACGUGUUGAGCAAUGCGGGCCGCCGACAAGCUCACCAACCCGGAGCCAUCGUCCGCGUGAAACUGACGAAUUUCGUCACUUAUACCUCCGCAGAGUUCUUUCCGGGGCCAAACUUGAACAUGGUGAUAGGCCCGAACGGCACUGGCAAGAGCACACUCGUCUGUGCGAUAUGCCUUGGUCUCGGUUGGCCGCCUUCAUUUCUUGGGCGCGCAAAAGAGCCUGGCGAGUUUGUCAAGCACGGCCGUGGGGAGGCCACGAUCGAGAUUGAACUACAGCGACAGCCUACCGCACGCAAGAAUCCAAUCAUCACCAGAAUUAUUAGAAGAGAAGGGAACAAGUCUACAUUUACCCUGAACGGGGCGCAGGUUACUGGAAAAGCAGUCCAGACCUUGGCAAACUCCUUCAAUAUCCAGAUCGACAACCUGUGCCAAUUUCUUCCCCAGGACAAAGUGGUUGAGUUUGCUCAGAUGAGUCCCAUCGAGCUCCUCGUCAGCACACAACGAGCCGUGUCCGGACCGGACAUGGCGCGGAUGCAUGAGGAUCUGAAAAAGUUGCGCAGCUCGCAGACUCAGUUCAUGAAUGAACAUAAGCAAGAUCGAGAUCACCUGGCAAACCUGGAAAACCGACAAGAAAUGCAGCGUACCGAAGUGGAACGCAUGAGAGAACGGGCCAUGGUCCAGAAGAGACUCGACUGGCUAGAAAAGUGUCGGCCGGUUGCGCAAUACUCCGAAUCCAAGACCAUGUACCAGGAAGCAAGGGCCAGGGCUAAAGUGCUCACGCGUGAGUUGAAGCAACUCAAGGCUGUGUCGGCUCCCACGUUGCGUAAGGUGGGGGCGAAGGAGGCAUAUGCGGCUACAGUACAGUCGCUCAAAGUCAAGCGGCAAGAAGAGCUCGCCCGGACUGAGCGUGAAUGUGACAAGAGAGCAAAAGAAGUCGAAAAGUGCCAGGAUGCAAUCCGCGAUCUCGACGACAAAAUUGAAGCGGAGAAGAAAGCCAUCCCCACGACCCGCGAGGAACUGAAACGUCUACAACACAAGAUCGCCGAACUCAAGCGAAAACGCGAGCAACGUCCGGAGGAAUUCGAUAGUCGCGCGAUGGCUGACGAGAUCCAAGAACUGAGAAAUCAACAGAGAGCGCUGGAUAGUCUACGGGAGGAUUUGGAAAAAAGCAAAAACGCGCUGAAAGAAAAAGGGACCAGGGGUAACCACCACAUAGCCGACCUCAGUGGCCAGCUGGCAGGAUUGGAGACGCAGGCUGGCCAGCAAGAGAACAAAUUGCAGGAAUUAUCCCGAGAGACAUUCCAAGCGUGGAAAUGGAUACAAGAGAACCAGGCCGAGUUCAAGCAGCACGUGUUCGGGCCGCCCAUCGUGGAAUGCUCCUUGAAGGAUCCACGCAUGGCCGAUGCGGUGGAGUCCCUGCUCCAGGACAACGACUUCAAAUUCAUCACAGUCCAAAAUCAGGACGACUUCAGAUUCCUGCAGCGCAAAUUGUUCCGGGAGAAGAAACUCCACGAUGUGAGUCUUCGUGUCUGCACAAGCGACAAUCUGGAGCAGUUCCGACCUCCUCUUCCUCCUCAGGAGAUGGAGAGAUUUGGAUUGACCAGCUGGGUUUUUAAUCAUAUCGAAGGCCCCGCGACGGUCGUCGCCAUGCUGUGCACCGAAAGAAACUUGCACCGCUGCGGCAUCAGCUCCCGGGAGCUUACCCAGCAGCAACAUGAUGACCUGUCCAAAACCGCCGUACAAAGCUACGUUGUCGGCAGAAAAAGCUACCAGUUCAUCCGACGUGCAGAGUACGGAUCAGCAGCGACAUCUGCCCGGGUUCGGGAGGUUCGCCCCGCCAGAAGGUGGACUGAUCAACCGAUCGACGCUGGCAGAAAGGCCGCUCUGCAGCGACAGAUUGCCGAGAUCAGAGGAGAGAACCAGAUCAUCAAAACGGAGUUUGACAAUCUCAAAAAGGAAAUUGCCGAGAUCAAUGAGAAGAAAAAGCUGCUCGAGGCCGAGGCGCUCGAAAAGAGGCAAGAGAAAGAUGCCAGGCAAAGAGCGUUGAUGGAAUGGAAGGCCCUGGAGCCCAAGAUCCAAGACGGCGAGGACAAAGUGAAGAAACUGCAAGAGAUGCUGGACGGGGUCAAAACUCGGGUCAGAGACCUGAAAGAUCGAAAAGACGAUGCUCUUGUGAACAAGAUUGGAGCUGUUCUGCAAUAUGUCUCUGCCACCAGAGAGGUCAAGGAGAAACUCGCGAGCUUGUUGGAGGCCGAGUUCAUGCUUAUUGAGGCGAGGUCCGACCUCGAGACACUACGCGCCCAGAAUGAGGAGAUCGUCCGGGCUAUCGAACAGAAGUCUGCAGAGGAAGUCGAGGCAAAAAGCAUCCACAAACGGGAAUACGACCGGGCUGCGCGGGUGCUGCAAGCGGUACACCAAGUGAGGGCCCAAGCCAACAAGCUUGUGGAAGAAAAAGACGACAGAGGACUGCUCGAUGUGUUCACUUUCGUCGUGGAGAUCCAAAACGAGGAGAAUCUGGAUGCCGAGAUCGAUGCCGAAAGAGCCAAACUCGAACUGACUGAAGGCGGCAGCGCCAGUAUCAUCCGCGACUUUGAAGAGCGUGCCAAGGUCAUUGAAAAACUGCGGGCGAAACUUGCCGACGCCGACGCGCGACAGGAAGACUUCAAACACAGCAUUCGGGAGAUACGAGACAAAUGGGAACACCGACUGGAAGAGGUUGUGGGCAGGAUCAACGCCGCCUUCUCAGACUCGUUCGCUCGGAUCGGCUGUGCCGGACAGGUGGCCGUCUACAAGGCCUCAUCCGACGACCCAGCGGACUGCACCGAGGAGAACGGCGGGGUGCAAAAUGGGCUGGACUUCGCCAACUGGGCCAUCCACAUCAGCGUCAAAUUCCGUGAACAUGAACCGCUGAGUCUGCUCGACAGUCACCGGCAGUCUGGCGGCGAACGAGCCGUCAGCACAAUUUUCUAUCUCAUGGCCCUUCAGAGUCUGAGUCGGGCUCCUUUCCGUGUGGUGGACGAGAUCAACCAGGGUAUGGAUCCAAGGAAUGAAAGGAUGGUUCACGGAAGAAUGGUCGACAUUGCGGCAGACAAUGGAGGUAGCCAAUACUUCCUGAUCACACCGAAGCUGCUCAGCGGGUUGAAGUACAGACGAGGCAUGACCGUUCUGUGUAUUGUCAGCGGCGAAAACAUGCCCGCUGCCAGAGAACGAGACGAUGAAGGCAACUGGGUUGAUGGCCCCAAGGUCGAUUUCCGGGUAUUUGUACAAAAGGCAAAGGAGUUGGGGAUGGGCGUUAAUGAUGCGAGCGAGGGUCGGCGAGUCGAUUCCGGCAUCGGCCUGAGCGGGAGUCUGGGAAACAUCUCGAGUCAAGUUGCUGCAGUGGGAGCUUGA